AUGACCACUCGAACGAUAUACCCAGGUGCCCUACAAAUCCAGAAUGUAGACGAGGACUUGACACAAAUAUCCAGAGUAGAUGGUGAAGGGCAGAGCAAUUCAGAAUCAAAGGCCGUGAACGCUGCACCCACCGUUUAUUAUUCUGCUGCAGGUAGUGGUGUCGCAGAAGUGAAGGUUAUCCUAUCUGGAUUUGUUCUGCACGGAUAUCUUGGGUUGAAAACGCUUGUGGUCAAAACAUUUGCCCUGAUUUUAAGUGUUUCAUCAGGCCUGAGUUUGGGAAAGGAAGGCCCAUACGUCCAUAUUGCUACAUGCGUCGGAAACAUUGCCUGCCGUUUAUUUCCAAAAUAUAACCACAACGAUGGGAAACGUAGGGAAAUGCUCAGUGCAAGUGCAGCGGCUGGUGUCGCGGUUGCGUUUGGCGCCCCCAUCGGCGGUGUUUUGUUCAGUCUUGAGGAAGUCAGCUACUACUUCCCACCAAAAACAUUAUUCAGAACAUUCUUCUGUUGCAUUGUGGCCGCGUUAUCCUUGAAAUUCUUAAAUCCAUAUGGAACAAACAAGAUUGUGCUAUUCGAGGUUCGCUAUGUUACUGAUUGGCAUAUUUUUGAGCUCGUUGCCUUCGUAUUUCUCGGUGUUUGUGGCGGUGUGUACGGCGCUCUCUUCAUCAAAGCCAGCAAGUUUUGGGCUACAACUUUCCGAAAGAAUAAGAUUAUCAAGAACUAUCCAGUUCUCGAACUCAGUUUUGUUGCCCUCGCUACUGGUUUGAUCUCGUACUGGAAUCGAUAUGUUCGGUUGGCUGUCAGCGAGUUACUUUUUGAGCUCGCAAGUCCCUGCACAGGAAGCGAAUCUCAACAUUCUGGGCUGUGUCCUGAGCCAGAUGAGAUUCCAGAGACCAUACUGUAUUUACUGGUCGCUCUUGCCAUCAAAAGUGUUCUCACCGUUAUAACCUUUGGAACCAAAGUCCCUGCCGGAGUUUACGUACCUACUAUGGUUAUUGGUGGUAUCAUGGGACACACUGUUGGUUUAGCCGUUGAAUAUGCCGUCUACAAGUUUCCGAACUCAGCCUUAUUCGAAUCAUGCCCUAUUGGAGGCGCCCCAUCGGCAUGCGUAGUUCCAGGAGUAUACGCAUUGGUUUGCGCCGGCGCUGUAAUGUGUGGUGUCACUCGGCUUUCAGUAACACUUGCAGUCAUUCUAUUUGAAAUGACCGGUAGUCUCGACCAUGUCCUGCCGUUCUCUCUUGCAGUACUUGUGUCUAAAUGGACGGCCGAUGCCAUUGAGCCAUUGAGCAUCUAUGAUCUUCUAACUGCUCUAAACUCAUAUCCCUACCUCGAUACCAAAAUGCGACCUGUUUUCUCUUCUCAACUUGUUGAUAUUACACCCCGAUUAAGGCCCGAACGUUUGAUAGAUAUUACAGAUUCUGUUCUUGUUCCAGCGGAGGAGCUUCGUGAUAAGUUGCGGAUGCUGCAAAACGCCGGAGAAUUAGAUGGUGGUCUUCCGAUUGUCAGGGGUGGCAUCCUUGUGGGGCUCAUUCCAGCACCGGAUUUGGAAUUUGCUCUCGAUAAUCUUCAUUCAGAAGAGGAUGAAUUUUGUCUCAUGGCGCCAAGGGAGGAUUCAUCUGAUAAUAGUUCGGAUGGUGUUUCGGUAAAAGAUCCGACUGACUUCUCGCCCUAUAUUGAUCCGGCACCUGUUGCACUUGAGAGACAUUCGCCUAUGGAAUUAGUCUAUGAAUGCUUCGCAAAGUUGGGUCUCCGAUAUAUGUGCGUGUUGCGAGAUGGACAAUUUGCAGGAGUUGUGCACAAGAAGGCCUUUGUGAAGUAUUUAAUGGAGGUACACGAGGGGAAGGCUCAUUAA